AUGGGCGGCGCGGCGCCGCCGCGGGACGACGAGACGCGAGGAUUUGAUUUCUACGACGCCGCGGACGUGGGCGUCGUCCGGGGACCGGGAACUGUGAUCGAACACGACACCGGGGGCGUGCUGGCGCUGAACGCGCUGCGAGACGUGGACGGGGCGAGGAAAAAUCGUAAACGCGUGGGGCGAGGCGUCGGGAGCGGGAAGGGGAAGACGAGCGGGCGAGGGCACAAGGGACAGAAGGCGCGAAGCGGAGGGGGGCCGAGGCUCGGGUUUGAGGGCGGACAAACGCCGCUGCGAUUGACGCUGCCGAAACGCGGCGCGCAUAAUCCGCACGCGAUGACGUUUGAUGUGGUGAAUUUGAACGCGCUGCGAGCGCACGUCGAGGCGGGACGAUUCGGGGAGUACGACUACGAAAAUCCGCGCGUGUUGACGAUGAAGGAUUUCGUCGACGCGGGGUUGUCGAACAGGAAAAUUAAGCAUGGGGUGAAAAUUUUAGCGGGCGCGCUCGGAGACGACGCCGAGGGCGCGGAUGAUGCGUUCAUAAAGGUGCGAUUGGAGGUGUCGCGCGCGAGCGCCAAGGCGAAGGAAAUCAUCGAACGCGCGGGCGGGAGCGUGACGCGAGUGCAUUACAAUCGCCUCGGGUUGCGCGCGUUGUUGCAGCCGGAGAAAUUUCCGCGCGGCUUGCCCAAGCCCGCGCGAGCGCCGCCGAAGAUUCGUCCAUUCAUCGAUCGCGAAGGAACUUUGCCCGCGCCGGCGCCCUUGGAGGCCGACUCGUGA